AUGUCCCAGAAUUCGCCGGAUUCGGAUGUCCAGGUCCCGGAUUGGCCUCACACGAGAGAGUGGCUCCACCAGGUGCUCGAAAAUCUCUGGGGGGGAAAGGAAUACCUGCCAGAAAAGCUUCGUGAGCAAGAAGAUAGCAUCCCGGCCGUUGCCCUCGGGGCUCUGGCCAACCUCUACAUCCUUGCUUUAACCCAUAACAUGAGAUGUGAGUCUCUAUGGGAAGAAGGCGGGCUUCUUCGAAAAAAAUGGAUGGAAAACGGGGAGGUGCUGACGGAGCAGGUGUGCUCGAGAACGCAAAUGGAACUUGAACCCGUUUUUGGGGUCGAUCCUCAUCAAGAAGAAAAGCCUGCUACGUGCAACGUCACUAGAUUCCAAGAGCUCGGCGGCGUCAAAAGAAACUUCAUGACAAAGCUACUCUCGAAAUACCUUGCCGUGGUCGAAGAAAAGUUCGACGAGGUAGUCAGAGAAGUAGCGCACCUACGUCAGACUGGAGAAGAAGAGAGGCUUCGAGCAGUGCUAGAGGAUAAGGUAGUCGUCAACCACAUACUCCGGCUACCAAUUGCGGGAUUUGUCAGAUACUACCAGAAGAGCGAAGGCGAUUGCAUUAUGGGCAUGGGGUGCUCGUUCAUCAAUCCCAAUAACUGGGACGUCUAG